AUGAGCGACGAGGACGAGAUGAAGCUGGGAAAGCUGGCCAUGACGACGCAGUGGUGCGAGCGUAUCCGUCAGGGCCGCGGCUCCAAUGCCUGCUUGCAUGUCCGCAGGCUCGUCAGGGCCUCCGUGGGUUUCUUGGCGAGCAAAGAGGCCUUCCUGGACUGCGUAGCGCAUCCCAUGGACAGCCAUUUGCCCUUCACUGUUCGCUUCGUCGAUGGCGCGCCAACGACGGCGCCCGGGCUGGUCGAGACGCUCGAGGGCCUGCUCGAGGGGGAGAAGGCGAUGCUGCUCUCUGGCUUUGGCGCGCGCAUCGUUGGCGACACGGACAGGGCUACGAUCGUCUACGACCAGGGCAACCUGACGCUCAAACUGAUCGAUGCAGCCUAUGCGUCCGCGCCCUACCUCGAUGCGUGUGCCGGGCACGUAGAGAGGCGGCCGAGGAAGGGCAAGGGCAAGGAAAAGACCGCCAUGGGCCCGCCUCCGGUGCCGGUCCGGGAGAGUGCCACUCGCGCCUAUUCACAAGGAAGCAGUAGCAGCAGCAGCAACGGCAGCAUGAGCCCGUCGAGCACCGUAUCAGCGACGCCAGAGUGGAUGCGAACGCCCAUGCCGCCGACUGGCGAGAGCAGCAGCAGCAGCAGCAGCAGAAGAUCGAGACCGACAUGGGACAGAUCUCCGACGGCAGCCCAUACGCUCGUCUAUGCCGGCCCGCGCUUGCUAGGAGGGAAGCUCUACACGCCCAUCUCGGAGCUUGAUGACAGGGCCAUCAACAAGAACAUAUGCGUCAUGGGUGUUGUGCGCACCGAUCGAGUCGCCCGUCGUGCGCUCGGCGGGUCGAGGGACUGGUCUCUGAGUGUGGCCCUGUGCGACGUGGACGACAGAGAAGGCACCCACUCGGUCUCCUUCAAUCUCUUCUCAGCCACCGAGGAGGAUCUGCCCAAGUGCAGACCGGGCCAGAUUCUGUGCCUGCGCAGCGCCAUCAAGCUCAACCGCUUCCAGUCCACGGUCCAGGGUACCGGCUUCAAGGGCUUCCAGUGGGCCCUCGUCGAUGUCAACAAGAAUGUUCAAACAGCUCCGCGCGGCUCGCUCACCGCCGAGGAAAGCGAUGAGCUCGUCAGACUGGCCAGGAUCUAUGCGCGGGACCAGGCGGCGGGCGCGGCCGGUGUGGCCGGUGCUGCGCUUGGGUCGCUGGCGACAACCUCGACCAACGCAAUGAUGACUUCAAGGCCCGGCCGACAGCUCAUCAGGCUCGAAGAGGUGGAGCCAAACAUCUUCUUUGAUGCCAUCGUCGAGGUCGUCAAGGUCUGGGACGCCGCAGGGCCUCGCUCCCCGCCGACAAUCUACGUUACGGACUACACGGCCCAUCCCUUGUACCUCUACCGAAACGACGUGCAUCUGGGUGUGGUCUCGCGCGACGAGUGUGUCACAAUCGAAAAGGACAUUCACGGCGACGAUGGACGGGGACGCGUGCUCCAAGUGGCCCUCUGGGACGAGCAGAUGGCUGUGGCGGGCCUGGUUGGAGUGGGGCAGAUUGUGAGGAUGAAGAAUGUCCGUCCGAAGCGGCAGGCCGAGAACGGCUUCCUCUGCGCUGGCAUCGGGGGAAGCAGGGGCCGGGGCAGUGAACGGUCGCUCUGCGUUGUCGAGGUCGUUGACGAAGGGUGCAGAAAAGAGAUCGAGGAGCGCAAGCGACGCUACCUCGAAGAGAUUGCAAAGGUCAAGGAGGUGAUUGCCAAGAAGCAAGAAGAGGAACAACGAGCAAAGUCAGGCAAGCGUGGCCGAUCGUCAUCGUCUUCAUCAUCGACGUCGUCGGUCUCGACGAGAUUCUCGUCGCCGGAAGCAUUCGACUUUGACGAAGAUGAGUUUGUCAAGGAGAUUGCACGAGCAAGUCAGGAGAAAAAAGCUAUCGUCAAGGUACCAAUCAGCUCGCCAGCACGACCGACUCCGCCUUCCCCCACGAUUCCUCCUCCAGGUCAACAGCGUGUGCUGCAGCCACUGACAGCGAAUGAAUCGCCCGAGGACGCCGCGCCGCAGGACGAUGUUGAGGAAGAAGACUAUGAGAAGGAGCAAGCAUCACAAGAGGUGGAGCCUUGUCCGACAAGAGAGGCCAGACUAGCGCCGACGACGCUCCUCGACGACGUCUCGACGCUGCCUCUUCGACCGCUGUCCGACCUGCGACGCCUGAAGCUGCGGCCAGGCCAAGCUAAGCUCUUUCACUGCCGAGUCCGCAUCAUCGAGACCCGACCCUCGGUCCAGUCCCCUCCUCCUCGUCCCGUCUCUUCUGAAGGUAACGGCGACGUCGAGCAGCGCCUCUUGGCCUGGGUCCAGGUCAAGUGCGGCAUCUGCCAGAAGCGGCUCGAGGUGCACUUUGGCUUCUGCCCAAGCUGCGCAGAGGAGGAUGCCAAGGACGUCGAAUACUCGUACGUCUUUGCGCUGCUCGUGGGCGACGCCUCCUCGAACCACGCAGAGGCAGAGGCAGCGGGCCAGGGCCCCAUUGUCUUGCUCGCUUCGGGAAAGGAUGCAAACCGCAUCUCACUGACGGGAGCUCAAUAG